UCCAAAGGAGACGAAUGCGUUGAGGCAGUUAAGGCCGCCAUCGAUGAAGGGUUCCGCCACAUUGAUACGGCCUACUUCUAUCGCAACGAAGAGGCCGUCGGUCGGGCAAUACGCGCCAAAAUUGACGAGGGAAUCGUUACGCGCGAGGAGCUUUUCGUGACGACAAAGUUGUGGAAUUCUUUCCACCAUCCGGAUCACGUACAGCAAGCGUUUGAAAAAUCUUUGGAGUAUCUAGGCCUCGACUACGUCGAUCUGUUCCUCAUGCAUAUGCCGUUCGGGUACAAAUUCAUCGGAUGGGAUCCGGAGAAGCGCAUGCCUUACGACGAUAACGGAAAGUUGCUGUUCUCGGACGAUGACUACGUGGACACCUGGAAGGCAAUGGAAAAACUGCUGGACAGUGGAAAAGUUCGCAGUAUUGGAGUUUCGAACUUCAACAGCGAACAGUUGGAACGGAUUCUGGAGAACUGUUCAGUGAAACCGGUGACCAAUCAGGUCGAGUGCAACGCUAGGAUCAACCAGAAACGGUUGAUAGAGUUUUGCAAAGCUAGGGACAUUAUGGUGACGGCGCAUAGUCCUUUGGGACGUCCACAUCUGUUCGAGAAGGAUCAUGUGGACAAGCCGAAACCAGUGUUGGAUGACCCGAAGGUUAUAGAGAUUGGGAAGAAGUACGGUAAAACUUCGGCUCAGGUUGUACUGCGGUACUUGGUGCAAAAUGGUGUUGUUCCUAUACCUAAGUCUACAAGUCGUCAACAUCUUACGCAAAACUUGGAACUAUUCGAUUUUGAACUAUCAUCAGAUGACUUAGCAAUACUUGAUGAACUCAAUACCAAUCAACGUAUGGUUGGUUUCAAUCGCGUUAAGGGACAUAAAUAUUACCCAUUCAAUACUGUAUUCUAAUUCAUUAGCAGCCUAGCCAUCGGAAGCAAUAAAGAGUAAACAUGAGCUAUUCUA